AUGGACUCUCCCGUCUUAGACAAACCUCAGAUCACCGGCAUCAACGCCUUUCGUCCCAAGAACCUGCUUGCCUCGUUCCGCAUCAAGAAGGCCAACUUCAAGCGUGGGAUUCAGAGCAAGGAGAACUUCAAACAGUACUUGCGGACUCCAGGUUCGAGUGCGGAUCCUACAGGCUCAUAUUCCUGGAUCAAUGAUGAUCUCCUCCCAACUCCCCCUGAAGCUCGAACGUGGGCUUGGUGGAACUACUUCUUCUUCUACUUCUCCCUGUCCAUGGACAACUGGACGCUGGGGUCGGUCAUGAUCGGCUGCGGUCUGAACUGGUGGCAGUCUAUCCUGAUCGUCUUCUUCAGCCAGGUGGUGAGUUCGGUCGCCAUGGCCAUCAACUCGCGGUCUGGGGAGGUUUACCAUGUCGGGUAUCCCAUCAUAUCCCGCGCGGUCUUUGGUACAUGGGGAGCGUACUACGUGGUCUUUGCGCGUGCCGUGUUGGCCAUCGUUUACUACGCCAUCAAGCUGUACAUUGGAUCUUCGUUUGUGGUGAACAUGCUGACGGCUGUAUUUGGCGACUCAUACCGCAACCUGCACAACUCGAUUCCCGAAUCCGUGGGCAUGUCGACAGCCCAAUUUAUCGCCUUCUUCUUGUACUGGCUCGUCCACAUCCCCUUCACCCUUCUCAGACCUUACCAGUUACGCUGGGUCUUCACGCUCAAGAUGUGCACAGUGGUGCCGGCUUGCUUUGGCUUGUUCAUCUUCUGCAUGGCCAACACCAAGGGUAACAUUGGCGGCGGAAUUCCUGGGGCUCCAGCUUCGACGUCGACCAGUUUUGCUUGGUUUGUGGUCUAUGCAUUCAACAGUGGUCUAGGCAAUACUGCCAACAUCAUUACAAACCAACCCGAUUUUAGUCGCUGGGCCAGAUACAAAUACGCCUCGAUCUGGCCGCAGCUGCUCGCCAACCCGAUCAGUGUGACCCUUUCGGCGUCAUUGGGUAUCCUGGCUACGUCGGCCAUCAACCACUCGUGGGGUCUUGAGCUAUGGAAUCCGUGGGAUCUCCUCGAAGCCAUUAUGCAGCGAUAUGACACCUCGGCCGUGCGGUUUGCCGUGUUUGUGUGUGCGACCUUCUGGGCCCUGUUGAUUCUGGGCACGAACAUCGCGGCGAACAUGAUUCCAUUUGGCUCGGACAGCACAAUGCUUCUGCCACGGUACAUCAACAUGACCCGAGGGCAGUUCUUGGGGCUCUGCUUGGCCUGGGCGGUCAAUCCAUGGCAGAUUCUUCGAUCUGCGACGGUCUUCCUCAACUUCCUGGGCGGCUACAUCAUCUUCAUGGCCUCGGCCGUGGGCAUCAUGGUCGCCGAGUACUUCCUGUUGACCAAGGGCAACAUCUUCCUGCAACAUCUGUACGACGGCAAGCGCACCAACCCGCACUACUACUACCACCGCGGCUGGAACGUGCAGGCCUACAUCGCCUACAUUGUCGGCGUGGUGAUCCCGUUUCCGGGCUUCUGCGGCUCCCUGGGCGCCAACGUCUCCGAGACGGCCAUGAACAUUGGCCAUCUGGGCUGGUGUCUGUCGUUUGUCGUCUCCAUCGCCGUCUACGUGCCCCUGUGCUACAUCUGGCCGACCAAGAACCAGAAGAUGAUCAAGAGCAUGGGGCUCAAGUUUGAAGAGACGGCCGCCGAGGAGUUCAACCCGGCCGAUCUCCCGAAUUACAAUUUGGCCGUCAUUCACGGCCGCGAGGUCUUGACCUCGACCGCCGGACCUGCAAACAGUGAGGAGGCGGAAAUUGAGUCGACGACGGAGAAAGAUGUCGGUCGCGAGACCGUGGUGGUGUCGGCGUCGAAGAUGGAGUGA